AUGUCUGGACUCACCAUAGGAACUUAUGUUAAGGGUGGUGAGGGUCAGACCGGCUAUGUUGCUUUUAUCGGCCCCACUGGGUUUGCGGCUGGAGAAUGGGUGGGUGUGGCAUUGGACCGGCCGACGGGGAAGAACGAUGGAACGGUCGAGGGUAACUUUUAUUUCGAAUGUAAAGGGCCAAAGUAUGGGCUGUUUAUUAAACCGCAGAAUUUGAAGAUUCUGCCGGAUCCUCAUGGUGGAGGUAGUAGCUCGACGCCGGCGCCCGCGAUUGGGUUGACUAGGAAAGCUUCUCAGACGUUUGGAGCGCCGGCACCGAGGCAGUCGCUGUCUGGACCUCUUCCUCCUAUUAGUGCGCCGUCACCGGCUCAUGGACGGAAAAGUAGUGCGAUGAUUAGUCCACCUCCAAAGUUAACGUCUGGAUUAGCAGGACCAUCGAGAGUGGGCGGUGUUGCUUCACCGACAAAACUUGCUCCGCGGACUGUCUCAAGUGCAAUAUCGUCGGGACCAAAUUCAAGGACGCCUACACCGGUUGGUGGUAGGGCAUCUUCCAUGGCUCCAGUCCGUCCGUCCUCGACAAUUGGGACCCGUGGUAGCAUGAUGGGUCCACCUGCUCUCCCGACCACAUCGACAGCAUCACCAACGUCUGCUGCUGCUGCUGCUGCUGCAAACCCGGGUGCUCGCAGGGCGUCCCUUGUUUCUCCAACAAGUGGGCCACCUGCAAGGACAUCCUCAGUUUCUUCUACCAGUUCUAAGUCCGGGCAACCUAGCCGUCCUCCUUUGCGAACUGCCGCUGCAAAUAUGAGCAAAAGAGCGAGUAUAACUAGUAGUUCAAGUGGCAGAUCUUCGCCCGAGACGACUACCCCGACGCUUAACAGACGUGGUUCGAGGUUAAGUAUGUCCGGUGAGCCUAGCAGCGCUCCGCCACCUGUAUCUUCCCCUGUGGAAACGAAAAAGUCAGGCCUGUCUACUAUGAGAGAGUCGGUGUCACCACAGCCGCUUCCGGGAAUGACCUCAAAAUCAAGUUCUGCCUUGACUAAGGAAAUCGAAGAUCUCAAAUCAAAAAUCAGGCUCCUAGAGAAGAAGAGAACGGAGGAUAGAGAUAAACUACAGGCCAUGACCAGGAUCGAAGCGGAAAGAGACAAGUACGAAGUGAUUAUUCACAAACUUCAAUCAAAGAUGCAGCCACAGCAAGCCGAAAUUGCAGAUCUGCGAAAACAAAUAAAAGAUCUUGAAGCACAAAGAGAGGAUCUUGAAAACCAAAAGCAGGAGAAUGAGAUGAUUGUCGAGAUGGCUACUCUUGACAGAGAAAUGGCGGAAGAGAAAUUCGAAGUUCUCAAAACCGAGGUUGCCGCUUAUAAAGCCAAGCUCGAAGAGCUGGAACUUGAAGUAGAGGUGCUUCGCGAGGAAAAUGCAGAGUUAAGCGAGGGCAUGUCACCGGAAGAAAAAACGAGUGCUGGGUGGCUCCAGAUGGAGAGACAAAAUGAACGAUUAAAAGAGGCCUUGCUUCGUUUAAGAGAUGUCACCAUGCAGCAAGAAGCCGAACUUCGAGAUUCUCUCAAAUCCCUUGAAGAAGAUAACAAUGACCUGUCUCAGUUCAAAGAACAAUACGAGGGCGUUCGUGACAAGCUAUCACAAGCAGACAUUAUCAUCGAGGACCUCCGCACUCAGCUAGACAAUGCCCUAGGAGCUGAGGAGAUGCUGGAAGAACUCACUGAGAAGAAUCUUAGCUAUAGCGAACAAGUCGAAGAACUUAAGGCAACGAUCGAGGAUCUUGAAAACCUCAAAGAGUUGGCAGAUGAAUUGGAAGUCAACCACGUAGAAACGGAGAAGCAAAUGCAAGAGGAAUUGGAUUACAAAGAUCUAUUGAUAUCCGACCAGAAGAAGCGGAUCCUCCAACAGGAUGAAAUGUUCCUCGACAACGUUCACACGAUAGCAAGAUUCAAGGAGCUCGUAUUGACUCUUCAGGGCGACUUAGAAGAUAUGCGUGCCUCACAUCAGCAAAAUGCUUCAACUGCAGAAGAGAUUUCGAGUAGAUCGAAGGCAGUCAUGGAUCUUAAUCUCAAGCUGCAAAUGUCUGCAUCGAAGUCGCAGGUAAAGACAAUUGAAUUAGAGCUCCGCAAAAUGGAGGCGCAAGAGGCCUCGGAGCACCUUGAGAUGGUGCAGCUCUACCUGGCGGAAUCUUUUGAUUCAGAGAAGCAAUCUAUUCAAGCGCUCCUCCGGUUCAAGCGGGUUUCCUUCAAAGCUCAUCUCCUUCAAUCACACAUCAAAGAUGCUUUGAAUGUCGAAUUUGAGCCUAAUCAAGAAGACAGAGCUGUCAUAGCCUCUGAUAUCUGCGACAAGUUAACUUGGGUAAACGCAAUGUGCGACAGGUUUGUCAACUGCAUAACAAGCUCAUCGGCCGAUCAAUUCGAAAAACUCCGUGGCACAUACUUGGAGCUGGAGCCUGUAGAGCGAACGUUGAACAUGUGGAUUGAUGCCGUCAGGAGAGAUGAGUUGAAGGAGAAACAGGUUGCUGACGAACUUUCAAGAACAUUGGCGUUGAUGACUCAUCUAGCUGAAGUUCAUCUUGCUAAUGAUCUCGAGGGCUAUGCAGAAAGUGUACACAUGAAAGUUCUGAUGAUGCUCAGCUACCUCGAAUCAUCUGCAUCUUGCUUCCAUUUCCAGAAGCAGAUAAUCUUGGAAAAGUUACCACCAACUAAUGAUGAAGCCGAUAUGUCCAUGCACUUCGCACGGAAAGCUGAAAAUCUCAUUGCCAACUGCCGCAGCGCUAAGGUGAUUGUCACCAAAGUAAUGAGGCCUCUAGAGGAAUUAAAGGCAAGGUCUUUGACUUUGCGACCUGAUACGCAUUCUUCUUUUGAACGAUGCGAAGAGAUGUGCAAGAAGUUGGCAGAUUACGCACGAGGCUCCGGCUCUGACCUUUAUAAACUACUCUUCGCAGCUGGACGGGAAGAACCUUUCAUGUUUAAUGAAAUUCAAAGUGUCAUGUACAGGUCUACGGAGAAGCUCCUAGCUCUGAUAGAUUCAGAUCUUUUCCAGAGCUGCGGUAAAGAGUUAAAUAUUCUUACCAAUGCCCUUGGAGAUUUAGUCUCUGUGGCAGGUGACCUGGAUAUGACAGUUGAGUUUGAGAGAGGUCAGCCUCCAUGGAUACUCAGGGCUAAAGAGCUGAAGAGUAAGAAGUCGACUGCGGUUGAUGUUGAGGAAGAGGUCAGGCGUUUGAAGGAGGACGCACACUCGAGAGCGACACAAAUUAAAUUACGGGAGCAAUCUCUUGAAGAAGCGGCGGUCCGCAUCGAACAUCUUGAAUCUCGGCUCCAAAUCCUCGGCAAACAAGCCGAAAGGAUUGAAGAACUUGAGCGCAAUCUUACGGAUUGUGGCACGCGCGAGAAGGAAUUGGUCGAGUCGCUGGACGGCCUCACAGAAGAAUUACAGAACAUCGAGACGGAGCUCGUGAAGUGGAAGAAGAUCGCAAGCGAGGCUCGUCCAGUGGAUGAAAACGACAAGGCAGGUAGAGAACGUGCUGUCGCGACUGCACGUGAGGUACUGGCAUUGAAGAAGGAGGUUGAGAUCUCACAGGGCGCUGCUAGGUUCCAUAUGGAAGAUGCAAGAAAAGCCAGGGAUUCCGACGUCACACUCCCAAACUCUUGGUUGUAUGAACCUUUGGUUCCUACGAAUAAGGGUUUGGCGGAAGACCAUGCUCGUGAUGAGGACCUAGCUACCGAAGGAAGAGACCUAUUGACAGAAUUUUUGAAUUUUACAACUUCAGCCCGAGUUUAUGACCUUUCCAAUACCAAACAUGGUGGUCACAGGAGGACUGUGGAGACUCCACAGUACAAUUACAUUAAACAAAGGGAGCGAUAUGAGAGCGUACUGGCUUGGAGAGAUAGUCUUGUCAAUCGUGGCAAUAUUCACCAAGACAGGAAGGAGGAGAAGUGGCCGAAGAAGCCGAAGGGACGACGACAGGAGGAUAUGGUCAAAGUCAGAUUUACCCUGCCAAUGGCAUACCUUGGACAGAUCAAAGGGGCCGAACGAUUCCAAGCCGCAAUUGCAGAUACGGAUCAAGAUCCAUUAGAAGUUGAAAGAGUUGGGGACUUUGAUGAAUUGAUGGGCGAAGAUGGGACUUUGAUCGUUUAG